AUGGCGAGGAAGCUUCUGACGCAAUCCAAACUGGUGGCUUCCUUGAAGCAUUGCACCAGUUUACUAAAAUCCUAUGAAAACGAAUCCGAACUGACGGUGGAAGAGCAGCAGGCUGGAGUUCGAUUGUAUCAAGAGCUUCAACGUCUUUUGUCACUUUCCACGAGAACUGGGGACUGGACCUUUCGUGUCAAUAAAUUGCAAUACGAGGCGCCGCCAGAGGAAAAAGACUUUCAACUGGUCUAUGACAAUAUGAUUGACGAAUUUGAUACUGCCGAAAAGAAAAUGAGCGAUAUCUGGUUGAAGAAUCCAGCGGCAGUCCGACCAUUGGGCAGAGAAAGUUUGUGUGAAGUCCGCGACUUCUUUGUUCUCGACAAUUCCUUGAGGGAAACGACUGUCGGGGCCACACGAGGACACACAUUAGAUUCGAAACACAAAAUUUUAGAUUCAAUUGCCGAAAGUGGCCUGGAAGAAGUCAUUUUGGGAGCCUUUGGUAGCAAAAUCUCGGUCGAUUCGCAAACAGCCGCCAAAUGGAGAUCGUUGGGGAAGAGCUUCGACCGCACUUGGGGCUUUUCGUUUUUGUAUGACUUUACCCCGAUCGAUGAGCCCCCCGUCGUUCGUUCUUACAUGAAAUUUGUAAACAAUUUGGAUAACAAGAAGGCCAUUCCUGGGAACGAAGAUUUCAUGGUACCAUGGAAGGAACCUCUCUUGACGUAUUCCAAAGAUGAUUUACAACUUUUCGAAAAGGCUUUUAGGGACUUUCCACCAGAAGGAGCCUUCGCUGGCAGAAACCCAGAAGCUGUCUUAAAGGAGAGCGAGCACAAGAGCGGUCGUAUUCCCAUGGGAUUGCUCAUGAUGGCUGGAUAUGGCAUUUCCAAUGCUAUUAUUGAAGUAGAGAUUGUAUAUGAGGCUUUUCCACACGAUAAAUUUGACAAUAUCGAACGGUUGCAGUUCUUGAUGCAAUGGUGCAAACACAACUUGCCCAAACAUAAAGACGACAAUGGAGACAUGGCAACUGCCAGGUGCAUGAUCAAUUUUACGGAUUUUCCAAUGUGGAAAAAUUCUGUUGGGAAUGGCGGACUCCAAAAGGCCAUGUUCACGAUAUACAAAUUAUCCAGUCUCCCUCCUGAGCAACGGCCUUUUGCAUAUGGUAUGGAAGAUCCAACCUGCUGGCUAAUGCCCGACGAGGUUGGAAAAUUUACUCGAAUGAUCAAGUACACUAUGGGCAAAGUUGGGCACCACGAUGGUAAAUUCUUGGUACAUGUUCACAAAUACUUUGGAAUGGCUGAAGCGUCUACUCUAGCUUGCAUGGCUAACGGGGCUGAUGGUGUGUGGGCUGCCAUGUGCACCGUUGGAGCACAGGUGGGACAUGCUUGUAGUACGCUCACCGCGACAAAUCUGGUGCGGCUAGGAAAUGUGCACCUAUGUGAAAAGUUCAACCUUGAGAAAAUGUGCAAGGCAGCUAGAGAGAUUCAUGAAGUUACUACCGGCAAACCGUGCCCAACACACGAAGAAGGCUAUGGGAUCGACGCGUUUGAUUAUCCAUUCAGUAUGCUUGCCAUCCCUUAUUGUCGACAUGCACUAAUUGCAUUGAUCAAGAAUCUGGGAAUCAAGGAGCGUCUAGUUCGUGUGAACGAAUUGGUUUCGGUGAUGGAAGUUGAGAUGGCCAUGAUGCAAACAUUCGGUCAUCCAUUGAUAAGUGGUUGGGAUCCUAAGUACUGCUCGAAAAUGUGGGAAGCCCUUCACAAUCACAUGUUGUCGGGCUUAUCAAGAGACUACAAUACUGCAAUAGGUUUAGGUCAUCUGUAUUCGCUCAUCAGUCGGAAGAAACUGCCAGAAGGAAUGGUCAAAAUCAUGUUGGAAAAUACACCAGUAUCCGAUACCCAUCCUACCGCUAUUGAAUUCAUUAGCCGAUGGAAUCGGCUUUGUGCACGGUACCAAGGUGAAGAACUGCCACUACCAGGAAGUUUAGCGCCAAGUUGUAUGAAUUAUUCGCAAGACAUUACUGUGACUCCGAGAUUGAGAUAUCUACCAUUUUCCGUUUGGAUGAAGGAUGUUAUGGUAGACAACUUUCUCCUCAAACCAAUUCCCAAGAUGUUCAAGCGGACCGUAAUGCGCCUCAUGAUGACGCAGGAGGCAGAGUAUCAAGGCACAAAAAACCCGCAGCUGGAUUUCUACCAUGAAAUUAUGCAGCUCAAGCUUUUUAUACAAGAGGCGGAAGGAAUUGGCGUCCUUCCCCUCGUCGACGACUUUUCUAUCCGAAAGAAUCAUGCAUUCAUGUUCGGGGAUGACCACAAUUGGCUGCGGGAGGUUAGUAAAACUAGGCCACGCAAGGCAAACCAGCUACUGCGGGCCCACAUUGAUUUCUAUCCCCGCUUUUAUGCUGGAUAUGGCAACAAUAACAUUGUGCGGUGCUGCCGUGCUGCUGCAAAACGCGUUGCGGACAACAAAGCCAUCUCCAAUGACCUGAUGUGGCUUCGUGAAGGUGAGGAUGGGCAAGCUAUAGAGGCGGUUGCGGGAGAGAUCGAGUAUGCAGAGGACAUGAAGAUGGCCAAAACAUUCACGAAGGAGAAUGUCCUCUCCAGAUUCGUAAAACAAACAAUGAAAAGAACAAAGCUUACUUCAAUUGCCGAGACUAGAGAAUGGUCAGAACCAUCUGGGCUGAGCACGUUGGAUCACGAGGAAGAAAACUCAAAAACAUUCUAUACCAACAUCCACGAUAUCAUCGCCAACGACCACGUAGAAGAAAAGGUUGGAGACGAAUUAUCAGCUUUCUUGACUCCGACGAAUGAGGUUGAUUCUAUUCCGAUAGGAAGUCCGAUAGUAAGUCCAACGACCAAAAAGAAAAAGAAGAAGAGAUUUAGAAUUUUCCGUAAGAAGAAAACGUCCAGCGAAUCAAAUAAACGAAGCAGAAGUAUUGGACUUCCUGGUGCUGCCAACAUGCAGCCAAGGGAGAGCCUGCAACUCUUAUCACUACCCGAUUGA